AUGCAGCUGAUAAAAGGCACCGAUUCAUUUGUAUUGAAUCUCACCUCUGGUCCUGUUGUGGAGUCCAACGGAAGUGGAGAGGCACUCAGCGAUCGCCUUCUUUCCAUUCGAUGUGACAUCGCAAAAGGCAAGGUCUGCUUCAACGCUUGUGUAAACGGCGAAUGGGGAAAGGAAGGAGAUAUCAAGCACCGCUUCAAACUCCAUGGCGAGUUCGACAUCAGAGUGCGCUGCUUUGAGGACCAGUUCCAUAUUUACGUCGAGCACCGGCUGGUCGCAAAGUUCGCCCAUUACGUUCCAAUGAGCAGGGUCUCGCACGUAUACGUGAAUGGUGACGUCUUACUCUACUGUGUCUCGUGGGAGGGGAAAUUUUAUCAAAUGCCAUAUGUGGCCGACAUUCCUGGGAACUUCUAUGUAGGACGGCGUCUUUUUGUGUCUGGUUUGAUGCUUAAGGCUGCUAAACAGUUUCAAAUUGACCUCUAUGCCGGGUCUGAUAUAGCGUGCCGAGUCAUAGUGGCGCUUCCGUCGAAGAAAGUUUUGCGUACAACUCGACUGAACGAUCACUGGGAACCGCAACUACGAAUUGGUGACUCAGAGUUCUUAUUCAAGAGAAAACAAACUUUCGAUUUGCUGCUCUACUGCGGUGAAGACCGAUUUGAGAUGUUGGUGAACGACUGCCCAUUCGCCAAUUUCCCGCAUCGCAUUCCAGCCAGUCAAAUCAAUAAACUAUCCAUCGAAGGUGACAUCAGCCUUCUCGGUGUCCAUCUAAAGUGA